UUUUAUCCCCACGUGGUUGAAUUCUCCACUCUCCUUCUUCUUUUUCUAUACUCCUUCCUUCUAUCUUUCUCUCAAAAUAUCCUUUCUUUUUCUUUGUUCUCUGCUUUCUCUACUAUGCUCCAACUCAAAAAUAAAAUGAAAUUUCAGAACUCUUUGUUUUUCUCGGUGAUGAUAAUAUUCUUAUUAACCGUUAUAGUUCUGGAACGCUUCACGGAUUCAAUCGCCGUGUAUAUACCUUCCGCCGCUUACGACCACGUUUUGUUCUCCGAUCGGAGAAGCUGCGAUCAGGAGAACAAGCAGUUAACGAUCUUUCCGUGCAAAAACGAGACGCGGAGGAGAACGAUGGAGACGAGCUGCGACGUGUGGAGCGAAGCGUGCUCGGAGGCGGUGUUGAGCAUAGCACGGCGGCCGGAGACGGCGGAGUGGUUGAAAAGUGUUCGGAGGAAGAUCCAUGAAAAUCCGGAGUUGGCUUUUGAGGAAAUCGAGACGAGCCGUUUGAUAAGAGAGGAGUUGGAUCUGAUGGAAGUUAGUUAUCGGUUCCCUCUCGCGAAAACCGGUAUUCGUGCUUGGAUCGGUACUGGGGGUCCGCCUUUUGUUGCAGUUAGAGCUGACAUGGAUGCACUUCCCAUCCAGGAAGGGGUGGAAUGGGAGUACAAGUCUAAAGUUGCCGGCAAAAUGCACGCUUGUGGGCACGACGCACAUGUGGCGAUGCUUAUUGGUGCUGCCAAGAUCUUGAAAACUCGAGAGCAUUUAUUAAAGGGAACCGUUAUUCUGUUAUUCCAGCCAGCAGAAGAAGCUGGUAAUGGCGCAAAGCGAAUGAUACAAGAUGGUGCUUUGGAUGAUGUGGAGGCUAUAUUUGCAGUUCAUGUAUCCCAUGAACAUCCAACUUCCAUAAUUGGUUCAAGGCCUGGACCCCUGUUGGCUGGCUGUGGAUUUUUCAGAGCCGUAAUUAGUGGAAAAAGAGCCCUUGCUGCAAAUCCUCACCACACUGUUGAUCCAGUUUUGGCUGCUUCAGCUGCAGUUAUCAGCUUACAAGGCAUUGUCUCCCGCGAAUCAAACCCAUUAGAUUCACAGGUUGUGUCUGUAACUUCGUUUAAUGGAGGCAAUAGUUAUGACAUGAUACCGGAUGCAGUGGUCAUCGGCGGGACCUUCAGAGCGUUUUCUAACACCAGUUUUUACCAGCUGCUAGACAGAAUACAGCAGGUGAUUGUGGAACAAGCUAGUGUCUACAGGUGUUUUGCAGAAGUUGACUUCUUUGAAAAGGAGUACACUAUUUAUCCUCCCACGGUUAAUGAUGACCAAAUGUAUGAACAUGUGAAGAAGGUGUCCAUCGAUUUGCUGGGCAAAAAGAAUUUCAGGGUAGUCCCACCUAUGAUGGGUGCUGAAGAUUUCUCUUUUUACUCUCAGGUGGUUCCUUCAGCUUUCUUCUAUAUAGGGAUAAGGAAUGAAACACUAGGGUCUACUCACACGGGACACUCUCCACAUUUCAUGAUUGAUGAAGAUGCUCUACCAAUAGGAGCUGCUGUUCACGCCGCCAUUGCAGAAAGGUACCUCAAUGAACAUGGUUGAUGUUGGAAACCAUUUGCAUUCCACUUUGUACAAAACCGGUACACUAGUUUAUCCGUCCUCCUCAAGUUCUCUGUUUAUUUGUUGCUUGAGGCCAAGGAACGGAAAAACAAAACAGGUUAUUAUUUCCUUCUGUAGAAGGUAGGCUCAAAAUAGGAAACAGAAGAAGGGAAGGGGAGGGGGUCACGAUAUUUGUAAAAAAUCUGUUUAGGCAGACGUCCAUCAGUAUAAAAUAUUAAAUAAUAACUUAAUUUGAGGAAAUCAUGGUGUAGGAUUGACUUUUCCUUGAUGGUAUAGUAUGCUACUGCUAUACUGGAAAAAAUGUAAUGCCAGCGGACCAAGGAAAACAGAAAAUGAUCCAAUUCAGUCUUACUAAGCCCUCGUGAGAUCUGUUAUUACAAAAUCAAGUUGCUGUUCUACAAUAUUGACUAUGUAUCCAACUCACGAAACCUUGCACUAAUGAUAUCCUCCACUGCAUAUGAUUAUGAUUUA